AGUUAAGACACGACUUCUAGAAACAAGCUGUUUUCAUUUUUGGAGAAUUUAUAAUUAGUUGUUUGUCCCUUGGCUUAGUGGUGGUUACUUGGAAAUAAAAGAUGUGUCCUGCUGUGUGAACAGAUCUCCUUCCUGAGGCGGCACUGCUUUCAUCCUGCUGAAUAUCUGACUGCUGAGAUUCAUCUGUCUAUGAAGUAUUUGAAACUAAAAAGAUUUUCUGAUCUUAUAGAUAGUUGAAGUAUUGAUAACACCAAGGAAAUCUGUCACAGUUUGAAAACAUAAGCAAAAAUUUGAUUUCCAGACACUACAGAAAAAAGAGUAACAAUGCGUCCAGUGCGAAUUUUUGUGAAUGAUGAUCGCCAUGUGAUGGCAAAGCAUUCUUCCGUUUAUCCAACACAAGAGGAGCUGGAGGCGGUCCAGAACAUGGUUUCCCACACGGAGCGGGCUCUCAAAGCCGUGUCCGACUGGAUCGAUGAGCAGGAGAAAGGCAGCAGCGAUCAUGCCGAGUCCGAGAACGUGGACGUACCCCCAGAGGAUGACAGCAAAGAAGGGGCCGGGGAGCAGAAGACAGAGCACAUGACCAGAACCCUGAGGGGCGUCAUGCGUGUUGGCCUCGUGGCAAAGGGCCUGCUGCUCAAGGGGGACUUGGACCUGGAGCUGGUGCUGCUGUGUAAGGAGAAACCCACGACCACCCUCCUGGACAAGGUGGCUGACAACCUGGCCAUUCAGCUUGCUGCUGUUACAGAAGACAAGUACGAAAUACUCCAAUCUGUCGAUGAUGCUGCGAUUGUGAUAAAAAACACAAAAGAGCCUCCAUUGUCCCUGACCAUCCACCUGACAUCCCCUGUUGUCAGAGAAGAAAUGGAGAAAGUAUUAGCUGGAGAAACGCUAUCAGUCAACGAUCCCCCGGACGUUCUGGACAGGCAGAAAUGCCUUGCUGCCUUGGCGUCCCUCCGACACGCCAAGUGGUUCCAGGCCAGAGCCAACGGGCUGAAGUCUUGUGUCAUUGUCAUCCGGGUCCUGAGGGACCUGUGCACCCGCGUGCCCACCUGGGGUCCCCUCAGAGGAUGGCCCCUCGAGCUUCUCUGUGAGAAGUCCAUUGGCACAGCCAACAGACCAAUGGGUGCCGGCGAGGCCCUGCGAAGAGUGCUGGAAUGCCUGGCGUCAGGCAUCGUGAUGCCAGAUGGUUCUGGCAUUUAUGACCCUUGUGAAAAAGAAGCCACUGAUGCUAUUGGGCAUCUAGACAGACAGCAACGGGAAGAUAUCACACAGAGUGCGCAGCACGCUCUGCGACUUGCUGCGUUUGGCCAGCUCCAUAAAGUCCUGGGUAUGGACCCUCUGCCUUCUAAGAUGCCCAAGAAACCAAAGAAUGAAAACCCAGUGGACUACAUAGUUCAAAUACCCCCCAGUACCACCUAUGCCAUUACGCCCAUGAAACGCCCAAUGGAGGAAGAUGGGGAGGAAAAGUCUCCCAGCAAAAAGAAGAAGAAGAUUCAGAAGAAAGAGGAGAAGGCAGAGCCUCCCCAAGCUAUGAACGCCCUGAUGAGACUGAACCAGCUAAAGCCAGGGCUGCAGUACAAACUGGUUUCCCAGACUGGCCCAGUCCAUGCCCCCAUCUUCACCAUGUCUGUGGAGGUAGACGGCAACUCAUUCGAGGCCUCUGGACCGUCCAAAAAGACUGCCAAGCUGCAUGUGGCUGUUAAGGUGUUACAGGACAUGGGCUUGCCCACGGGUGCCGAAGGCAGAGACUCCAGCAAGGGAGAGGACUCAGCCGAGGAGACGGAGGCAAAGCCGGCCGUGGUGGCCCCUCCACCUGUGGUGGAAGCUGUCUCCACCCCCAGCGCUGCCUUCCCCUCGGACCCCACUGCCGAGAACGUAAAACAGCAAGGGCCGAUCCUGACCAAGCACGGCAAGAACCCUGUUAUGGAGCUUAAUGAGAAGAGGCGUGGCCUCAAGUACGAGCUCAUCUCAGAGACAGGGGGCAGUCAUGACAAGCGCUUCGUCAUGGAGGUUGAGGUGGACGGACAGAAGUUUCAAGGUGCUGGCUCAAACAAAAAGGUGGCCAAAGCGUAUGCCGCCCUUGCUGCACUAGAAAAACUGUUCCCUGAUGCCCCUCUUGCCCUUGAGGCCAACAAGAAGAAGAGAGCCCCUGUGCCUGUGAGAGGUGGACCGAAAUUUGCUGCUAAGCCACAUAACCCUGGGUUCGGCAUGGGGGGCCCCAUGCACAAUGAGGUGCCUCCGCCCCCCAACCUUCGAGGCCGGGGCAGAGGAGGGAACAUCCGCAGUCGAGGGAGAGGGAGAGGAUUUGGUGGUGCCAACCAUGGAGGCUACAUGAAUGCUGGCGCCGGGUACGGCAGCUACGGGUAUGGAGGCAACUCGGCGACCGCCGGCUACAGUCAGUUCUACAGCAACGGAGGGCAUUCUGGCAAUGCCGGUGGUGGCGGCGGCGGGGGAGGUGGUGGCUCUUCUGGCUACGGCUCCUACUACCAAGGUGACAACUACAACUCACCGGUGCCCCCGAAACAUGCUGGGAAGAAGCAGCCGCACGGGGGCCAGCAGAAGCCCUCCUACGGCUCAGGCUACCAGUCUCACCAAGGCCAGCAGCAGUCCUACAACCAGAGCCAAUAUGGCAACUACGGCCCCCCGCAGGGCAAGCAGAAAGGCUAUAAUCAUGGACAAGGCAACUACUCCUCCUACUCAAACUCCUACAGCUCCCCCGGAGGUGGGGGCGGAUCAGACUACAGCUACGAGAGCAAAUUCAACUACAGUGGGAGUGGAGGCCGGAGCGGCGGGAACAGCUACGGCUCAGGCGGGUCGUCCUACAACCCAGGGUCACACGGGGGCUACGGCGGAGGUUCUGGGGGCGGCUCCUCAUACCAAGGCAAACAAGGAGGCUACUCGUCACAGUCGAACUACAACUCCCCGGGGUCCGGCCAGAAUUACAGCGGCCCUCCCAGCUCCUACCAGUCAUCACAAGGGGGCUACGGCAGAAAUGCAGAUCACAGCAUGAACUACCAGUACAGAUAAAGCCCCUGAGGGGUGAAGAUUUGUACCUUCUGCACUUACCCCCCGUUGUAAGAUUCAGUUUAUUCAUCACAGUUAACAUGUCAACUGGCCCCUCCAGGCCCCCGCCGCCCCACCCUGUCCACGUUGCUGUGUUGUGAGGUGCAGCUGGUCACUCCUGUGACCCGUCCUGUGACCCAUAUUUAGCUGUGUUUGGGACUCUGUGUCUUCAGUGGUUUGUUAGUUGCCAUUACGACUUUUGUCUGAAUAGUUUUUUCAGUUUCCGCAGUUAAGUAUCCCUCUGUCUAUUUACAAUUGGUGUUAGUGUUAACUCAGUUUAUCUUUAAAUAGUUACAGAAGGGAUACGUUAUCUGUUAAUGCUUUUGUGAAGUGAGUUAAACGAGCUUUCUGUAUUUUAAUGCUUUAGUGUUUCAGUUUUAUAAGUGAAAAUUUUAUUUUAAAAACCAAUGGGGAAGAGUGAGGUUUUUUUUUGUUGUUUUGUUUUGUUUUGUGUUUUGUAUGUCUGGAUCAUUCAGGCAGUACAUCUGAAUUAAGCUGAAUGUAGACAAAUAAAGAAAACAAAACUCCGCGCCGGUCGUAGGCCUGGGUGUCUGGCCCACCAGCAGCGGGAUGGGCAGGUUCCUCCACUCUGUUCCCAGCACAGGAAAGUGGGGCGGGGGCAGCAGGGCAGUCCCUGGUCACCAGAGAAGGUCCAGUUCUAGGCCUCUAGACACCUUCACUCCUAGUGGCUUGGGCCAGAAAUCCAGUUAACUGGGAGCUUGUCACCUCAUGUGCCAGCUAUCCCGACGGACUGUGGAGCUGCCUGCGGAGGCCCACACUGCUUUGGCGGGUUUGCUCACACAAUUCAGCAUGCUUUUUGUUUUCUGCUCCAUAAAUUCUGGUAUAGUUUUAAGCGCAGUUUCAAGACACUGUGGAAUAAAGGUUUGGUCAGUUUUGUUCCACUUAACCCAAUUUGAAAAACCCCAGUUGAAUCUGGCUGAACGACCCCAAGGUCUGGGAAAUUAGCCACAGGACCAUCUUAGCCGGGAUGGCACUUUGUGUCUGCAGUGGCCACAGCCUUUUCCCUGGUACUGCCCCCACCCCACCCCACCCCCGCACAAGUGUGUUCUGCACAGUGCACUGUUGGGGUUCUUUUCAGUGGCUCAGCCCUGUUCUCACAGGUUUCUCUGGAGGAGUGCUUCUUGAUCCUGGGCAAUUUUGCAGUGGUUGAGUGACAUUUGUCACCUAGUGGGUAGAGGCCAAGGAUGGUACUGAACUUUCUACACUUAAAUAUAAGCAGUGCACAGGUGGAGGAACCCACCCCCAAAGCAACCCUUCUCGGUUCUGGCUUUGCCUCAGGGAGAGAGUCAGGACAGUGUGUGGAUUGGCCUUACCCAGGUUCCAACUCCACCUGCCUGGAAAGAGCCCUGCGGUGAGGCCUGGGGCUGCAUCUCAGCAGGGACCCAUCUUGUCUCUUCACCUGCUCAGCAGGCGCUGUUCAAGGUCUGGGUUCCAGGGCUUGGUAACCAUGGCCACUGAGAGAAGUGCAAACUAUUGACUGAGAAUCACUCAGUUGAGGCAGAAAGUCCAGUGUCCCUUCAAAGGAUGAAGAUUUGCCUUGGGGGAGGUGAAAGGAAAGUGUUCGGCACCCAA